AUGGGCGACUUUCUAGCAUCGGCGACGACGACUCAACCCGGUGACCAAGAUAUCGCAAAUAGGCUUUCGAGCCCGAUCCAAAGCGAACGAAAUAUCCGAGUCAUAUGUAUCGGUGCCGGCGCCUCUGGGUUGUUGAUGGCGUACAAACUCCAGAGACAUUUCCAGAACUACUCGCUUCAGUGCUACGAGAAGAACCCCUCCGUAGCGGGGACUUGGUUCGAAAACAAAUACCCAGGCUGUGCUUGCGAUGUUCCGUCUCACAACUACACCUGGAGCUUUGAGCCAAAGCUGGACUGGUCUUCGGUGUACCCACCAGCUUCGGAGGUUCUCCAAUACUUCGAGCACUUCUCAAGAAAAUACUCACUGUACCAAUACAUCAAACUUCAGCACCAAGUUGUAGGGGUGUACUGGGACGUCCAGAAUGGCGGCUACGACGUUCAUGUCAAGAACGUGACAACUGGGGAGACAGCCAUAGACCACUGCGAUAUCCUCAUCAACGCCAGCGGCAUCCUCAAUAACUGGAAAUGGCCCGCAACUCCAGGUUUGUUAAAUUACAAGGGUAUUCUCCUCCACACGGCCAACUGGGACGACUCCGUCUCUCUCGAAGGCAAGCACGUCGGCCUCAUAGGCAACGGCAGCUCAGGCAUCCAGGUUCUUCCUGCAAUCCGCGAGACGUGCAAAAAGGUUACGGCCUUCAUCCGCGAGCCGACGUGGGUGUCUCCUAUGCAGGGUUUAGAACAACACAACUUCACCCGCGAGGAGAAGAAUGAGUUCGCCAACAAGCCCGGCGCGCUGCUCGAGUACCGCAAGAACAUCGAAUCUGGGCUUAACGGUCAAUUUGGCAUCUUCCUCAAGCACAGCCAGAUCAACGAAGAAACCCGCGCCUACUUUACUCAUCAGAUGAAGGAGAAGUUGAGAAAUCCUUGCCUCGAAUCGAAUCUUAUCCCGGAAUGGAGCGUAGGCUGUCGCCGUCUAACACCGGGGGUCAACUACCUCGAGUCACUCACUAAACCGAACGUCGAAGUUGUCUAUGGCGAGAUUAAAGAAAUCACAGAGCGUGGGUGCCUCUGUGACAACGGCCAAGAGUACCCCGUCGACGUCCUCAUCUGCGCAACCGGCUUCGACACCUCCUUCAAACCUCGUUUCCCCGUCGUUGGGCCCUCUGGUGACAACCUCCAAGACAAAUGGGCCGUCACUCCGGAGUCAUACUUCGGCGUGGCCGCAGCUGGGUUUCCCAACUAUUUCCUUAUGCUCGGCCCCAACUGCCCCAUAGGCAACGGGCCAGUCUUGUCGGCCAUCGAGGCACAGGCAGAUUGGAUGCUCAAGGUCAUCGACCGAUACCAGACGACCAACAUCGUCGAGGUCGCUCCCAGAGAAGAGGCUGUCCGCGACUUUGUCGAGUACAAGGAGUGGUUCAUGAGCAAAACCGUCUGGUCGGAUACGUGCCAGUCGUGGUACAAGUCCGGCGUCAAUGGACCUGUCGUGGCCUUGUGGCCAGGGUCGACGCUACACUACAUCGAGGCCAUCAAGGAGGUGAGAUGGGACGAUCUGGAGGUCAAGUAUGCCGGCAAUCGGUUCGCCUGGCUGGGCAACGGGUACUCGCAGACGGAGCUUGAUGAUACCGCGGAUUGGGCAUAUUAUAUCCGGGAUGAGGAUGACGACCCACCACUGACGACAGCUGGAAAGCGGAGGUUGCUCAGCAAGAGUGGUACUGUCAAGAGUAGGAAUAUUGUGGUAUACAGCGGCAAGCCUAAUGAGGCCAAAGAGCAUGGCCAGAGCAAGAAAUGGCUGGGCUAUAAUGGAUUGGUUACCACUUUCUAG